UUCAACGCAGCCGAAUAUAUUUAAAUUCCACACUCCAUAAAAAACUCCGAGUUAGGGAAUCGAUGUCCCGCCGCCCGACCAGCGUGAUGGCCAGCGGCAAGGAGGCCGCCAAGAGCAGUGCGGACAAGGACGAGAAGAACCGACUGGCCCACCUGGACGCGAUCAUCAAUCAGCUCAAGAACCAGACACUUGGAAGCCGGAGGGCUGGCAAUCUAUCGGAGUCCACGUUGGCAUACAUAUGCAGUACGAGUCGGGAGUUGUUCCUAUCCCAGCCGAUGCUCCUGGAGCUGAGUGCUCCGGUGAAGAUCUGCGGCGACCUACACGGGCAGUUCAGGGACCUCUUGAGGAUCUUCCAGCAGUGCGGUAUCCCUCCGGCUUCCAACUACCUGUUUCUCGGCGAUUACGUGGAUCGGGGUCAGUACUCGGUGGAAACGUUGACCCUGCUGCUGACCUACAAGCUGCGUUAUCCGGAGACCUUCUUUUUGCUGCGCGGCAAUCACGAAUCGGCGGAUGUGAAUCGGGUGUACGGGUUUUUCGACGAGUGUAAGCGACGGUACAGUGUGAAAUUGUGGCGCACCUUUGUGGAUUGCUAUGACUGCAUGCCGGUGGCUGCCAUCGUGGCGGAUCGCAUCUUCUGCGUUCACGGCGGACUGAGUCCGGAUCUGAAGAAUCUGGACGACAUCCGUCGGCUGCAUCGACCCACCGAUGUGCCCAGCGAUGGCCUGCUCUGCGAUCUGCUCUGGUCGGAUCCGGAUGAGACCACCGGCACCUGGGAGGCCAACGAUCGUGGAGUUAGCUUCACUUUCGGCACCGGCAUUGUGGAGGGCUUCCUGCUGCAGUACAAGUUCAACCUGAUUGUCCGCGCCCAUCAGGUGGUCGAGGAUGGGUACGAGUUCUUCGCCGAUCGCCAGUUGGUCACCAUCUUUUCGGCACCGAACUACUGCAACAUCUUCGACAACAGCGGAGCCGUUCUGGUGGUGGACCACAAUCUCGUCUGCCACUUCAUCAUCAUCCGUCCAAGGCCCAUGAUGCGGGCCUUGCCCUUCGAGUCGGACAGUGGAUCGCAGACUCCACCGACUGGAGGACCACCGCCUUCUGCAAAGGAGAAGAAAGUGUAUUAAACGUAGUUGUUGAAUACUCUAAGGAUUAUCCUAUACACAAGAAAUGUAUCAGAAGUCGAAUAUAUAAAAUAAAUUAGUCUUAAAUCUUAA